AUGACUCCAUCGACAGCCGUGGGCGCGGCCGUGGGCGCGGGCGCGGGGGGGGGGGCGGACAUCGCGGUGCACGCGAGUGGUGCCUGUUACGCCGUGCGCGAAUUGGCGGUGUCGAGGGCGUCGGGAGGCGCGGGGGUGGAUGGACGCGCGACGUCGACGCGGGACGGCGCGACGAAAAGGUCGAGAUCGGUGAAGACGGUGGAUCCGGCGACGAUUGAGGCGCGGCGUCGAAAGGAGAUGCUGCGCAGUCGCGCGCGGCGGGCGACGCAGAGCGCCGAGGCGAGGGAGCGGGAGCGAUUGCGCUCGCAGCGGCGUCGGGACGAGAGGACGCCGGAGAUGCGUGCGGAAAUAGCGAUGAAGAAGGCACGGAUUCGACUCGAACGGAAGAGAUCGAGGGAGGAACAGGGGGCGGACGCCUCCUCAAAGUCUGCGCAGACGCAGACCAAUACAAAUCUGGGCUCGGAGCGCGAAGCAGAAUCAAACACCGAGUAG